AGCGUCCUGGCCAGAACAAGCCAAGGAGCCAAGACGAGAGGGACACACAGACAAACAACAGACGGAAGACGUACUGGCCGCUGGACUCCGCUGCCUCCCCCAUCUCCCCGCCAUCUGCGCCCGGAGGAUGAGCCCAGCCUUCAGGGCCAUGGAUGUGGAGCCCCGCGCCAAAGGCGUCCUUCUGGAGCCCUUUGUCCACCAGGUUGGGGGGCACUCAUGCGUGCUCCGCUUCAAUGAGACAACCCUGUGCAAGCCCCUGGUCCCAAGGGAACAUCAGUUCUACGAGACCCUCCCUGCUGAGAUGCGCAAAUUCACUCCCCAGUACAAAGGUAAGUCCCAGCUGCUGGAGGGGUUGCCACACUGGCGACAAGAUGUGAGAGAUCGUGGCCAUGGAAGGCCCUGGCAGCCAUCCCUGGAGCCCUCACUCCCUCCCACUCUGUGCUUUCCCUCCCUCUCCUCCUUCUCCUCCUGGCCCUCAGCCCAGCAUCUCACACCCUCAGUUUUCAAGCCCUGGUAAGAUUGCUCAAUUCUGUUUUGUUUUGUGGAUUUGAGUUUGAUUUUGGUAGAAGUGUAGUUGUGUUUUAUGUUCAGGUGUCUCUUGAUCACAGUAACCCAUAGUCCCCCAUUGGGGGGACGGUGGGGGAAGACUUUGGGAGGAUUUUACCCAGAAUACUUGCCGCCUGCUUUUUGUCCUCCAGGAAACCAGAAGCCCGGGUGAUUAGGUAGGCCGGGGAGCAGGGUUGAGUCAGAUGGAAUGCAGGAGUGGGAGGCCUGUGCUGAUUAGCCCAAGCCCUUUGCUGUUACAGAAUGUCUCCAGAAUUGCUAUAUGAAAGCAACCCUUCGAUUCACAUAUGAUAAUUUUUUAUUUCUUUUUAUAAUGUAUUUUAUAGGGGACAUCAGCAGCCACCAGCAUGGUGGGGUCUUUGUUGGGGAGUGGGGGAGUCUUUUGUAAAUCAAGACAAAGCCAAAGGCCCCUUGUUAGCUGGCCGUCCCUGCCCCAUUUUUUCCCCGGUCCUUUCCCCUGUGGCCACAGGGAAGUGUGGCCUGAAUCCCCCACCCUGGCUCCUCUGCACCCAGAGCUGGGGGCCACCUCAGAAGUGUCAUCUCUCUCUGAGCACGCAUUCCCCUGCAGCAGUCGAGGACUGAGCAGAUUGAGUGAUGCUGGGGCAGAGAGGCCUGGGAGGAAAGGUGUUCAGCCAGUCGUUUGUAAGGCGCUCGUCGGCACCUGCUGAAACGCCCCCACCUGACAGCCCCAUCCUCAAAGACUGUCUAAUUACUCAUGGCAGGUUCUAGAGACUUAAGGGGAAAAGCUGCUUUCAAGGCCACCACAUGUCUGUGCUCCCCAACCAGCUCUAUCUGCCUUGUGUUCAUUUUGUUAUUUUGUGACAUGAGACUGCAAAGACCAAUAAAAACAUAUAAGAACAAAAGGCCUGGGUGCCUACCCGCGUGGGGGCACUGUGGGAAGCCUUUGCUAGGGUGUCUUGUGCUGUGUGGUUUGUUUUGUUUGCCCCUUUAUUUUGCUUUGCUUACCCAGUCUUCCCUUAUUCUUGGAUGCUUCUUAACCCUCAGGCAAACCUGUGUUCCCCCUGUAUUCAGGCUCUGCUUUAAAGCAAGCCAUGAGGCUGUUGGAGUUUCUGUUUAGGGCAUUAAAAAUUCCCGCAAACUAUAAAGAGCAAUGUUUUCAGUCUUUUAGGAUUAGAAGAAUUACAUAAAAAUUAAUAAACAUUUUCAAUGAUGGAAAAAUGUGUCUUGUAAUUCUUUGGCUCUUGCCUCGUUGAGUACAUCACAGAGGAAGACUCUCGGCCAUGUUUGCUCCCUAAUUGCUUGUCUUGUAUGGUGUCAUCUUUUCUAGCUGUUUUGAUAUUUGUUAAGUUUGCAGAUGAGUUUGGGGCCUCUGGCAACAUAGAGACUAAGGAACUGGGUAAGAAAAAAACAAAUGUUACAAUCAUGUUACUUACAAAGCUUCUUCCUGCUAAAUUAAAAGUUCUUUCUGCUCCUCACCCCCUUCCAGGUGUGGUAUCUGUGCGCUUUGAAGAAGAUGAAGACAGGAACUUGUGUCUAAUAGCAUAUCCAUUGAAAGGGGACCAUGGAAUUGUGGACAUUGUAGAUAAUUCAGACUGUGAACCAAAAAGUAAGCUCCUAAGGUGGACAACAAACAAAAAACAUCAUGUCUUAGAAACAGAAAAGACCCCUAAGGACUGGGUGCGUCAGCACCGUAAAGAGGAGAAAAUGAAGAGCCAUAAGUUAGAAGAAGAAUUUGAGUGGCUAAAGAAAUCUGAAGUCUUGUACUACACUGUAGAGAAGAAGGGGAAUAUAAGUUCCCAACUUAAACACUAUAACCCUUGGAGCAUGAAAUGUCACCAGCAACAGUUACAGAGAAUGAAGGAGAAUGCAAAGCAUCGGAACCAGUACAAAUUUAUCUUACUGGAAAACCUGACUUCCCGCUACGAGGUGCCUUGUGUCCUUGACCUCAAGAUGGGCACACGACAACACGGUGAUGAUGCUUCAGAGGAGAAGGCAGCCAACCAGAUCCGAAAAUGUCAGCAGAGCACAUCUGCAGUCAUUGGUGUGCGUGUGUGUGGCAUGCAGGUGUACCAAGCAGGCAGUGGGCAGCUCAUGUUCAUGAACAAGUACCAUGGACGGAAGCUAUCGGUGCAGGGCUUCAAGGAGGCACUUUUCCAGUUCUUCCACAAUGGGCGGUACCUGCGCCGUGAACUCCUGGGCCCUGUGCUCAAGAAGCUGACUGAGCUCAAGGCAGUGUUGGAGCGACAGGAGUCCUACCGCUUCUACUCAAGCUCCCUGCUGGUCAUCUAUGAUGGCAAGGAGCGGCCCGAAGUGGUCCUGGACUCAGAUGCUGAGGAUUUGGAGGACCUCUCAGAGGAAUCAGCUGAUGAGUCUGCUGGUGCCUAUGCUUACAAACCCAUCGGCGCCAGCUCUGUAGAUGUGCGCAUGAUCGACUUUGCACACACCACCUGCAGGCUGUAUGGCGAGGACACCGUGGUGCAUGAGGGCCAGGAUGCUGGCUAUAUCUUCGGGCUCCAGAGCCUGAUAGACAUUGUCACAGAGAUAAGUGAGGAGAGUGGGGAGUGAGCUUGCUAGCUGCUCCAGUACUUGAGAGACACUCUGUGUCCCAGGCACAGCUGUGCUGCGUCAGGGAGGAGGCCAGUAUGGCCAGGUGGUGGCUCCUGUAGCCUGGAGCUGAUGUGCAGUGGCCUCUGUGAGCCCCAGCCUGAGCCAGUCCCAGCUGUGCUUGGAGUCUUUAUUUAUUUUAACUAUUUCUUCAACAUUCCACAUUUGAUGAUGAUACCUCUUUCUUCCCUGAGUGUAUAUGUUCUAAUACAAAUCUUUUUGUUUAUUGUA